AUGGCGCACCAUCAGAGUGUGAGAGAGGUGUACAGAGAGUGCGUGAGGAACCACUCCCUGAGGCACGGUGCCAGCUACACCAUCGACGGCUGCUGCAAAUUCAUUCCAACUGCCGCCGAUGACCACCUACAGUGCGGUGCGUGUGGCUGCCACCGCAACUUCCACCGCGCGGACUACUGCAUCGUUGCCACCCUGCCAGUGGUGAGCGGGAGGCGGCGUCCACGGACAAGGUUCACGGAGGAUCAGAAGCAGAGGAUGGCCAGGUACGCGGAGAGAAUAGGGUGGAGGGUCCCGAGGGGUCGGGCCAUGCGCGCCGACGAGGAGGAGGACCAGUUCUCGAGGUUCUGCCGUGAGAUCGGGGUGAGUAAGCAGGUGUUCAAGGUGUGGGUGCGCAACCACAAGUGCAGCAGCGCCAGUGCUCCGGCAGCAGCACAGGUGGCGUCGUCAGCGGCCACCACCAACAGCGGCGCGGCAAUCGAUGGAGGAGAAAAAGAGGAAGUGAUCAAGAUUUGCGACGAAGCAAUGGAGGAGGAGACUAAAGAUCUGGAUUGA